AUGGCUCAUCUGAAGCUUCUACUUCUUCUUCUUCUUCUGUGUAUCACAGUGAGCACAGGAGUAGAUUUGCACAAAAGGAUCUAUGGAGGUCAUAAGUGUCCAGACACUGAGCGUCUGUAUCACGUGAAACUGAUGGCAACAAAUGAAACACAUGUAAGUCUCUGUGGUGGCUCACUGAUCCUUGAACGGUGGAUUCUGACUGCAGCCCACUGCUGGAAAAAUGAACCUGGAUGGGAGAUAGUAGUGGUGGGAGAAGGUGGUGUGAAAUCCUCCUUGGUGUGGGGUGUGGAGGGAGGUGUUGUAGGUGAAGUGUUUGAUGGUGGUGAUGGCUCUAUGGAGGGGGGAGAGGGUGAUUCUGGUGGUGGAGUGAUUUACAACAACAUGAUUUAUGGUGUAAUCAGUUCUGGUUUUCAUUCAGGACUUCAGGCACUCAACAUCCAAGACAGAGCUAACAAAGAGAGACCCUCCACCCAGAAGACCGCCUUACCCCGACCGACCCGAUGA